UCGUGAUCUGCCCACUUCAGCCUCCCAAAGUGCUGGGAUUACAGGUGUGAGCCACCACGCCCGGCCCUGCGCCCCCUGUUCUAUACCCUAUGGUCCCUAGAAGGCAGGGGGCAUGAGACCCCAUGCCAAAGCCCUGAGACCAGGAAAACAAGGAAGCAGAGACCAGUCACCCAGUCACUCAUCCCUGUCAUGUCCACAACAGCCUCCUCCAGCACAGGUCAUCUGUCCUUGCCUCCCUUCAUGAGCCAGAGGAAGACUUGACCUUCACCGAAGCUACAUCAGUGAGACUGAGCAAUCAGCACUGCCCAGCCUCUCUGAACAAACUCCCACUCCCCCAUCCCCUCCACAGGAAGUAUCAGCAACAGCUGAUCUCCUCCCCCUUCUCACAGUCUGUCUGCCAGGUGGUCUGCUCCAAAGGGCAGAAUACAGUUUGGCAGGGGUUAAGAGUACUACCAACAGAAGAGGUGGAAGAGACCCUUGGGAACUUCGGGCUCCCCCAGUUCCCUUCCUUUCACCAGGUGCUCUCCCUCCACACCUCAUUCUCAAAAGGCUUCCUGAGGUAGGGCGGGGGAAAAGGAGUCUGUGGAAGUGUGGCUCACGCAGGAACCACCCACCCUUCCAGCCAACUCUCCAUCAGGAGGCGGCUACCAGACAACCCCUGACCCAUCGCUCCUUCCCAAAAAAGGCAACAAUCACAACAGCUGAGAACCCCGGUUCACUCCAGUCCAGAUCAAGGGGAAGAAGCAGUCAGCGAAAGCAGCAGAAUCAUCACGAACUCCAUGACCCCAGCUAUGCCCCUUCAGCCUGGGAGCUCAGUUUGGUGGGUGUCCAGCUCACCUAGGGCUGGACCAGGCCCGGACCUCACUUGAUCUGGCCCUCGGGGCCACCUGAAUGCACAGGACUGGGACAGGGUCUGGGUUCUUAGAUCCCGGACCGGUCUUCCCAGAUAUCCCAUCCCAGACAGGCCCCAAGAGCCUAGCCGGGGAUCCUGCCCCCAAGUCAGGGCACUGCCCCUAUCGGGAACGAGAGGAAGGAGGGGUGCAAGGGAAGAGGAGGGGACCAGGAACUCAGGAGAAGACAACUACGGGAAUCUCUGGAAAAGAAAUGGCAAGGGGAGAGCCCAGAAGUGGAACCUCUAGGAAGGGGAGAGUGUGUGUGGAGGGGUGAGGAUCUGGGGGGACCCAGGGGAUGACAAGGGGACAUGGGGGAGCCGAGGCGGAAACUCCUGGUUUCUGGAGCACAAGGAGGCACAGGGGGGCCUGGGAGGGGGCUCGCGCGCCGCGGAGCCGGCAAGAGGUGGUGCCCCGGAGACCCCGGGCACUGGAGAGCCCAGAGCUCACCAUGGCCAAACAGCUGCAGGCCCGAAGGCUAGACGGGAUCGACCACAACCCCUGGGUGGAGUUUGUCAAACUGGCCAGUGAGCAUGACGUCGUGAACUUGGGCCAGGGCUUCCCGGAUUUCCCACCCCCAGACUUUGCUGUGGAAGCCUUUCAGCAUGCUGUCAGUGGAGACUUCAUGCUCAACCAGUACACCAAGGCAUUUGGUUACCCACCGUUGACGAAGGUCCUGGCAAGUUUCUUUGGGAAGCUUCUGGGUCAGGAGAUGGACCCGCUCAGGAAUGUGCUCGUGACUGUCGGUGGCUAUGGGGCCCUGUUCACAGCCUUCCAGGCCCUGGUGGACGAAGGAGAUGAGGUCAUCAUCAUCGAACCCUUUUUUGACUGCUACGAGCCCAUGACAGUGAUGGCGGGGGGCCGCCCUGUGUUUGUUCCCCUGAAGCCGGGUCCCAUCCAGAACGGAGAACUGGGUUCCAGCAGCAACUGGCAGCUGGACUCCAUGGAGCUGGCCAGCAAAUUCACAUCACGCACCAAAGCCCUGGUCCUCAACACCCCCAACAACCCCCUGGGCAAGGUGUUUUCCAGGGAAGAGCUGGAGCUGGUGGCCAGCCUGUGCCAGCAGCAUGAUGUGGUGUGUAUCACUGAUGAAGUCUACCAGUGGAUGGUCUACGAUGGGCAUCCUCACAUCAGCAUUGCCAGCCUCCCUGGCAUGUGGGAACGGACCCUGACCAUCGGCAGCGCCGGCAAGACCUUCAGCGCCACUGGCUGGAAGGUGGGCUGGGUCCUGGGUCCAGAUCACAUCAUGAAGCACCUGCGGACCGUGCACCAGAACUCCAUCUUCCACUGCCCCACGCAGAGCCAGGCCGCAGUAGCCGAGAGCUUUGAGCGAGAGCAGCUGCUCUUCGGCCAACCCAGCAGCUACUUUGUGCAGUUCCCGCAGGCCAUGCAGCGCUGCCGGGACCACAUGGUACGCAGCCUGCAGUCAGUGGGCCUGAAGCCCGUUGUGCCCCAGGGCAGCUACUUCCUCAUCACAGACAUCUCAGACUUCAAGAGGAAGAUGCCUGACUUGCCUGGAGCUGUGGAUGAGCCCUAUGACAGACGCUUCGUCAAGUGGAUGAUCAAGAACAAGGGCUUGGUGGCCAUCCCUGUCUCCAUCUUCUGCAGUGUGCCACAUCAGAAGCACUUUGACCACUAUAUCCGCUUCUGUUUUGUGAAGGAUGAAGCCACGCUCCAGGCCAUGGACGAGAAGCUGCGGAAGUGGAAGGCGGAGCUCUAGCCCUGAAGUCACACCUUGGCCCUGACAUCCCCACCUGCCCGCAGAGAUACUCUUGGGUGUCUGUCUUUGUCCAGGUUUCAGACAUUUCCGGGUCGGGGAAGAUGCUGUUGGGAAACCUCUUCUCUGUGACACAGAAUGUUCUGGGUGGGAGCCGCCCUUCUUCAUCUUAGAGAACCAAGUGCCUCCUGUCUGAAAGGUGAGGGCGGCCUGACCUGGGCCUCUCUCGGCCCCUCUGUAGGUGGGUUUGUCGGGUCUUGGGUUACUUCUGGUCUCUCCAGGCUUGGCCGAGACCGACGGUAGAGUCCCACCGUGUAUCGAUCACAUCCCAGCCCUGCAUGGGCCCUGCUAAGGCUCAGGCAUCACCUCACCUUUCCUGGUUCAUCUCGGCCUUGGGGAUUUGCCUUUAGACUUGAGUGCUCAAGCCACUCCUUUUCAUCCAUAAUAAAAUGUUUAAGUUAUUCAAAUCCUU